AUGUCUAUUCCAUUGACUUUAAGUACACCUAUUUUAUAUAUUGUUUCAAACUUAGGUUCAAAGUGUUAUUCGAAUGUCGACAGAAACUACUAUGACCAAAAGAUACUUAUGCGUAUAAACAACACUUUCUCUGCUGGUUUGCCUAUUGUUCAUUCGAAUGCAGAGUUUUCAGCUUUAGUAAACUCAAACACUUUAGCAAACAUAAACUUAACCUUAGUUGACGCAAACUUUGUUCCUGUAAAACUUUUAUGUCCUAUGUAUUUGUCAAUGACGGCAGAAAGUUUCGAAUUGGAAGAUGCAACUGGUGAAAGUAUUGUAUUACAAGAACAACUUCAACAACAAAUAGCUCAAGAACAACAAAUGCAACAAAUGCAACAAAUAGCUCAAGAAUAA